UUUUGAUUGAAAACACAGUGUAUUCACAGAACUGUAUUAUUAUAGCCAAUCAAAUGGAUUUAUGGCGCGAAUCGAACUCUAAGUGCAAUACAAUCAUGUAUUUUGACAGUCGAUUGAAUGACACAUUGUUUUCAAAUAGUAUUCGAAUAACUAAUUGAUUGAAUUGUUUUGAUUUUUUAAUACAAAAAAAGUGAUUAUUGUUUUGUACACCAAAUUGAUUGACCACUCGAUUCGGGUUAAGUGACCGAAACAUAUUACCGAUCGAAAGACAAAUGGAUUUUAUGGAGACGACGACAACAAUUCGCGACAACUGUCCUGAAAUGGUGGCCGAAACUUCUUCUUCCGCCGCAAUGACUAUCGGUUCUCAAUCGCCAAAGGUUUGGACACAAUUGGAAACGUUGGCCAAUGUCUCGACCGACGCGACCACCGCCGCACAGGUUCUGCUGCUGACCAAUCAAGAGGUCGCCGCUGACGAGAAUAUGCGCACCGAAUCGUUUACAACAGAAUCGAUGGCCAGCGAUGAUAAUACUUGCGUUGAAGAACCGAUGACUACUGGCGGCGAUAACGACGGCGGUCAGCUGCCAACCGAUCGACCAGUAUAUCAGCUGCAGUGCAUGGAAUCGGGCGGCGAUAUCGGCAACUAUUCUAUGUUAUCGGUGAUGAAUAGCGAUCGUUCGCAACGUCCAUACUGUCCAUCACAUGAAGCGCGCGAAUUGCAUAAUCAUAAGGAACGGCUGCGUCGGUCGCGUAUGAAGUGCUCGUGCGAGGCCUUGCGGGUCCUCGUGCCGGGCGUUACCGAUAAGACCGAUAAAGCGACAGUUCUCGAACAUACCGUUGCUUUUUUGCUACAUCUCAGCAAAUGUCAGGGCGUGAAGUGUACCGACUAUAUGCCAGUAAUUCCGCCGCCAAUGUCGGCCAAACUGCUUGAUUUGUACCCGACUCUGAUGACAGGACAGUACCAAUACUACGAAUCGACGACACCUGAGAGCUCUUUUGACACAACACAGGUGCUCGAAGUCCAGGAGUCAAACGGCCAGAAAUACAUAACCACUGCCGACGGAUAUCAAUAUGUGAUUGUAGAGGACGCCGACGGAGCCAGUGUUACAACCGAUGGACACCAUAUGAUAGCUCAACGAGUCGGCGACAGUGCACUCACACAACCAAUGGAACUAAUGACGGCAACUAAUAGUAAAGAUGCCAUCAAUGAUAAUACAAAAUUGAUAAAUAGUGAAAUCGCUGAGUGUUCGGCCGCCAAACUUGAGGACAACGACAAACUAGAACCGCAAUCGUUGGCGUCAGCCGUCAAUCUUGACGAAUGCCAAAAGUGUGUCCAACAAGUGGUGGAUAUGUUAAGUGAAAACAAAGAGAACAUCGAUCCGAACGGCGCCAACACUUAUAAUAUUGUAAAGCUGAAGAAAAAGCCGGGACGGAAACCAAAGUCGUUGGUCAACAAUGUGUUCGGCGACAACAACAACAAUACGGCCAUUACUGCUGAUUCAAAGCCACGAAUACCGAAACCUAGGGGACGGCCGAAAAAAAUCAGACCAACACCCGAGGCUAACAACUAAUUGUUAAUUUUAAUUGAAUUAGUUUAUAAUUUAUAUUUUAUAAUUAUUAUUAUUAUAU